AUGCUUCAACUCAAAAAUCUUCAUCAAGGUAAAGGAUGUCGUUUCCCUCUAAUUACGAAGAAGGAACUAACAUCAACAAACGAUAGUAUUACUCCAAUUGUUUCUUCAUCCUCCGAACCAAUCACUCUUGAUUUGACUGACAAGAAAUGGAACCCCCCAAAAGUGUAUGCGUCAGAGUUGAUUGUUGAUGAAUCUUUGGGUGCUGAUUUGUCAGCACUUCAUUCACAAGAAGAAGAAACAUCAAACGACUCAACAUUGUCAUCUUCAACUACAUCCUCGCUCGAAACACCAAUCACUCUCGAUUUGACUGAUUACGAGAGUUGGAAUGCCCAACAAGUAGCAUCAGUAUUGAUUUCUCCUAAAUCUUUGGGUGGUGUUGGUUUGUUGGUUGAUGAUGUGAAACCUUUGUAUGAGGCUGGUUUUGAUGGCACAUCUCUCCACAACAUUGUUGAGAAUAUCAAGAUGGACGGUGUAAAGUAUGCCAUUGAUCAACUUAAAAGUACUUAUAACAAGAGUAGCGUUCCUCAACUCUCCGACACUUGUCAAACCGUUGUAUUUUGGGUGCUCGAUCAAUUAAUGACCAGACAAUAUUCACUAUGGCAAUUGGAGCCAGUGAGUAAACAAAUCAAACAAAAAUUGCAAAAGGAGGUGCUGAAGAAGGAAAGAGUGCAAGGUGUAACAGAAGAAAAAUGCAUCGAACAUGCCAUCAAGAUUAUGAAAAGCGACACGUGCUUUGCUUCAGUGCUAGAAUCUACUUGUAAAGCUGUUGCUGGGUGGGUUACUACCAAACUGAGAAAGGCUGGCGAAGGAGGUUCUUUAAUUAAUAUACCAUCCAAGUUGUUUGAUCUUUGGAAGCGAAAGUUGGAAGGAGAAAUAUCUGAAAAUUUACGAAAGGAAAGAACAAAUGCAAGAUAUAACUAUCUUCGUAAUUUACAUGAUCCAGCAAACAUGAAAAAACUGAGAACGCUUAUUGGAAAAUUUAUCGAUCUUCCUGUAUUUGGAAAGGGAGAAAGUGAUUUGUCUCCAAAAAACUUUAAUCCAAAUGCGAAAUAUCUUUUAACUCUGCAACGAUUUGAAAUACUUAACAAUGUUGUUAAUGGAAAAACCACUGGAUUGGUUUUAUCGGGUCCUCAUGGAGUUUCAAAAUCAUAUACACUUUAUUUGAUAGUUGCCUACGCAUUUGUAAAUUCAAUUCCAGUACUUUAUGUUCCAAGAUGUCGCCUAUGGCUCAGCAGUUACAACACAGAUCAGGAGAAAGCAAGAAAUGUGGUCCGUCAUUUGAGCACACAUAUUGGAGAUGUGGGACCUAUGUUCUAUUUGUUUGAUGAACAUAAUGAAUUGUACAGACCUGACUAUUACAACAAGAGUCCUGCUUAUUUCCAAGAUUUUACCAGAUGGACAGGAGAUACAUCAGAGAAGUACACAAUUACCAUCUAUUGUGGAAGUGCUCAUAGUUCCUUUGAAGAUAAUUUACCAGGAGGAGAAGAAGAAAGAUUGGUUAGAAUAAUUCCUCCAACAACAACAGAGUUUGAAACGCUGAUAACAGACUUCGGUUUGAAUCCAAAGGAUAAAAGAAUAGCCUAUGUAACAGGAAGAAUUCCAAGAGAGUUGAGAUACUUGGCAAACUAUUUGAAGGGCAAAAAGGGUACUGAUGAAGAUUUCAACCAAUUUGUCAUGAAUAUGCGUGGUGUAUAUGAUCGAAGGUUGGAUUCAUUAGUUAGUACAUUGGACAAAAAUAAGAUGGAACAGUUUGAAAAGACACUGGAGGAUCUUUUUACUCUUGGUAUUUUAAAUGGAAGACCUUAUAGUGUUUCAGGGGUUGUAUAUGAUAAGGGUUUAUUGUACAAGGAUUCUUAUGGAAAACUUUUUAUCAUUAACGAUCCAGCAAAGAGAUGUUUAUUCCAUCACUACUGCACAAAACUAGACAUGCCAAACAUACCCAAGAAUAUUUAUGGUCCAGCGAAAGGAAUAAUGUUUGAAAAACACUUGGUGAGACAAGAGUAUGGAAUUGGUAAACAUUUAGAUAGAAAAUUCUAUGUAACAAAUAAGUUGAGCUCAAACCCCACAAUAUCCACGUUAUCAUAUGAAAUUAACGUACAAGCAAGUUUGGAUCUAAAGGAUUUAAGCUCUCUCGAUCGAAGGAAUUCCUUGAAAGGAACGGGAGUAUUAUUCAUUCCAGAAUCCGAAAUUUUCCCAAGCUUUGAUUACGCUAUUGUUAUGUACAAAGAGAAGCCAGUGGAAAUCUUUCUGAAACAAACCACAAUUUCUACUGUUGAUUCUCAUUAUUAUAAUCAUCGUAAUGGCAACACAGAUAUGGAUAAUUUAUUGAAACGUUUUUAUGUUUUAGAUAGUAAAGGAAAGGCAAUGAAAAGAAAACAAAACGAUCCAAAGCAAUGUCAUUUCUCAUUACUCGAAUUGAUACUUCAUGGAAUUGUUGGAACUGAAGAAAAAGUUGGAGAGAUGUUACAAACCCGCAAGGACGAUCUAAAGUUCAUCAAAGAUGGAAAGCUUGAAAACUCAGUGGAGUUUUGGUUUUGGAUUUUGACCCCUGUUUCGGAGACUAAAAUUAAAUUUAAUUUUAAUUAUUAG